AUGAUCUACGAUCGUCCUCCAAUGCCUUUGCCUAGUGAAGAGAGGCGAGCAGUUGUGACCUCGAACUUUGACAGGGGUGUUCCUCAGUUACCUCCUAGGAAUGGAGUUCCUCAGCUACCACCUAGGAAUAAAGCUCAAGAUGCCUCAUCUCGUAUUUCAUGUAAUGAACUGGAAGCUCAAGCAAGACUGUCUCAGUUUAGUUUCUCUAGUGCUGCAGAAGGAACCCUAUUAGAUUUUGAUAAUAUACUGCCUAACAGUGCUCCAUUGGCUAUCUUCCCUCAAGCCGCCCAUGAGGUUCCCUUGCCCUCUGGCACCAGUAGAGAUAAUAUUCCGGUACAGACUAACAAGUUCUACGGUAACAUGUUGUUGGGAAAUCAAACAAACCCGAUUUGGACUCAUCCUUAUUCUCUUUGGUUUGCAAAGGAUCCAUCGUUCUUUGGGUUAGCUGUAUCUCACACAACGGAAUCUCAAAGAGUUUAUGGCCCUGGAUCUCCUCCUCCGUACUUCUUCAGCCCUAAUGGUAUCAAGUCGAUUGUGUUUUCUGCACAGGAAUUUGAUUCUCCCAACGAUCUUUCUUUAAAUUUGGGAUAUUUCAAACACUUGUCAGCCCAGGCAUAUCUCCAGAAAAACAGUGAUCAAUACAUCCACUUUCCUCUGAUUCAAGGUAUGGGGUUCGUCACUGCAAUUUACCACAACGUGCAACCUAAGCUACAGUCAGCUGUGGGAUUUCUCAGCUUUAACCUAGUCCAAAGCUUUGGAAAUAUUCGCAAAUACAAUAUUAUGUUGCAAGAUCAACGUGAGUGGACUUUGUACGUGACUGUCCCUGAUAGCGUGUCCUUGGAUUUGAAUUUAUUGGAUGGGAAUACUAUUGCAGCAUCUCAAGGUGUCCCAGAAUGCACUUUCCAAGUGGUUGUAGGUGAUGGUAAUGAAAUUGAUUCUGCAGCAGGCUGUUAUCCCACUGAAUGUUCACUCACAUGUUCCACCACAGAUUCCACUGGUUAUUACAGUAUUAGCUAUAGUUUAGCGGGAUCCUCUAGUAGUGCAAAAACUCUGUUGUACGCUCUUCCUCAUCAUGUCAGAUCUUUCACUGAUGCCAUGGCUUCAAGGAGGAUAAAUUCUCAGGUUCAAUCUACUGUGUGUGGUGUCAUGACGGGGUACAUCACAAACAUUUUUGAGUUGGCCGUUUCAAUUCCGACGAGUCUUGAGUUCCAACCCUUUACUACCAUUCCAGGUAUUGAUAAUAGGCCUACGUACUCUGACGAAGUGUUAGAUGCUAUCAGGUCUGCUGCUUCCUCGGAAGUUAACGGAGAUGUAAUUAAUGAUUCGAACUUGAACUCCAUGUACUUCUCAGGUAAGAUAUUGGCUAAAUAUGCAUGGAUAUUGUAUUGUUGUCAGUACAUUAUCAAUGACUCUGGUAUGGUGUCUGCCUUGUUACCAAAACUGAAAACAGCAAUCGGCAGGUUUGUAAAUAAUGAGCAGAUACUGCCGCUGAAAUACGAGACCACCUGGGGAGGACUAAUUUCGACAGGUGCUCCCGGCGAAGAUUUCGGUAAUGCUUACUACAACGACCAUCAUUUUCACUAUAGCUACCACGUUAUCGCAGCUGCUAUCGUGGCCAAAGUUGAUCGAGAUGCUGGGGAAAACAACUGGCUUGCCCAAAACAAGGAAUGGGUCGAAAAUCUACUAAGAGACUACGCUAAUCCAUCUCAGAACGACAUAUAUUUUCCAGCAUUUAGGGCAUUCGACUGGUUCUGUGGCCAUUCAUGGGCUAAAGGACUGUUCGAAAGUGGUGACGGGAAAGAUGAGGAGUCUAGUUCGGAGGACGUUAACGCCUCGUAUGCACUCAAACUCUGGGCUCUUGCUACUGAAAACCGGUCGCUCGCUUCCUUAGCUGACUUGCAAUUAGGAGUUCUGAACACCUCCAUUAACUCGUACUUCCUCUACUCAAACACCAACGAUAUCAUGCCUGCAGCUAUAAUACCCAACAAAGUGAGUGGUAUUCUCUUCGAAAACAAGAUUGAUCAUACCACCUAUUUCGGAGCAGAAUUGCAGUACAUUCAAAUGAUCCAUGCAAUUCCUAUCACUCCAGCAUCUUCAUUCAUCAGACAUUCCACGUUUGUACAAGAAGAGUGGAAUGAAAAGCUUGCCGGUAUAGUUGAGAAAGUCAAUGAUGGCUGGAAGGGUAUCAUGCUUCUUAAUGUUGCCCUAUUUGAACCCAGGAAGUCGUAUGAUUUUUUUCAUAGCCCAACCUUCACCCCAGCCUAUCUCGAUCCAGGUCAAAGUUUAACUUGGUCAUUGGCGUACGCGGGUGCUUUUCUAUAA